AGUAAUUGGCCGCCUGUCGACCAGUACAGUGAGGUCGUUACGCCGCGGCUCCACGCGAAAAACCGCGCGUAUUCCUACAAUAGUUUACGAACAAACGGCUGUGGUACUGAACUUUUUGUUAGUGCUAUUUAUUGAAGAUUCGUUGAGGUCUGUGACAAUUUUCAGUUACUCGAUUUAAGACUGGAUAUCUAUUCUUGUGUUGUGACUUAUUUUUGUAUGGAUUUCAUAGCGAUUGCGUGAUGGAUAGUGAGCUGAAUCGAAGUGAAAAUAAACAAAGAUGUGAGUUCACAUAGCUCGACUCGAGGUGCGGCCGGUGGAAAAUGUAAAAUGGCGUAUGUGCGCGUCGGAGCGGCACGGUCCAUAUCCCUGUGGACAUUAAUACUUGGAUGCUUCGAUAUAGCUGGUUUGACACCCGCUUCGAGUGUCACAGCCGAGUCUCUAGACAUGGUUAAAGUGUCAGCUGUGUCUGGCGGCGACGCGACACUCCCGUGCGACACCCGCUCGCCGCAGCCAGCCGAUGUGCUCUUACUAGUCGUUUGGUAUAAAGACGAUGUUCCUAUUUACAGCUACGACGGACGAGUGAAAGGGCCAACUGCGCACUGGGCGGACGACGUAUUAGCCGGCAGGGCUAGGUGGCUGUCCACAGCACCGUCAUCGCUACGUAUACGAGACAUUAUCGCAACAGAUCGAGCUCUGUAUCGCUGCAGGGUCGACUUCAAGAUAUCCCCAACGAAAAACCACAAAAUCAUCUUGGACGUCAUAGAAUUACCAGAGAAGCCAAAAAUAUAUGAUGACUUGGACAAGGAAAUCGUCGGUGUGGCGGGGCCCUACAGAGAAGACACGAAUCUCAAACUUACCUGUGUUGUAAGUGGAGGUAGACCGAUGCCUCGACUUCGUUGGUGGAGAGACGAAAAACUGGUGGCAACCCUAGCGCCACUAGAAGACGGAACGAGAAUAAGUAUGUUGGAGCUGAAUAUACCGAAGCUAACUAGGGAUUUUUAUGAAGCUGUGUACACUUGUACUGCGGAUAACACCUUGCUUGUGCCUCCGUUGCGGGUCAACGUACAGAUUCAACUAUAUUUACGUCCACUCCUCGUUGAGAUACUAGCAAGGGAGCAGCCGCUAUCCGUGGGGCAGACAGCCGAAUUGACCUGCAGGGCAGUUGGGGCGAGACCGCCGGCGAUGAUUACUUGGUGGCUGGAUAGUUCACAGCUAGCUAAAGAAGCUAUUCAGAAGGAUUCGGAAGACCGCAACGAAACCGUUUCCGUACUGCGGUGGACGCCACAGAUGGGCCACAACGGGCACACGUUGACCUGCCGGGCGGCGCAUACGAUUCUCGACCAUACCACCAUAGAAACAAGCAUGAGUUUAAAUUUACACUACGUACCGAUAGUUAAAUUAAGACUCGGCUCAAAAUUGAACCCUAACGAUAUUGAAGAAGGCGACGACGUGUACUUCGAAUGCGUGGUCGAAGCAAAUCCACCGGCUUACAAAGUUGUAUGGGAACAUAAUGGUCAAAUUAUGGCACACAAUCAACGGGCCGGUGUUAUAGCUGGACCGGCCCAUUUGGCUCUGCAGAGCGUCGCCAAAGAACAAUCUGGAAGGUAUUCUUGUACGGCUUCAAACGUCGAAGGCGACGGUCGAUCAUCACCAUUCAAUCUCCAAGUUAUAUAUAAGCCAGUUUGCAAAAACCAACACACCAUGGUCGUCGGAGCUGCUAUCAAUGAACCAGCAAGCGUGAAAUGUGAUGUCGACGCGUUUCCACCCCCUAAGAACUUUCAAUGGACUCUCAAUAACUCUAUGGGCACUGUGGAUAUAGAACCAAGUAAAUUUACGGUUGAUAAUAUCGGCCGAUCAGUCCUCACUUACACAGCGACAACAGAAAGUGAUUAUGGAUCGUUAACCUGCCGAGCCACAAACAUGGCUGGACAGCAAAUGGACCCAUGCCGAUAUACUCUGCUCCCAGCCGUAAAACCGGAUCAGCCAUUCAAUUGCACCACUUUAAAUUUGACUGACGAUUCUGCUGAGCUUCGAUGUGUUGCCGGUUAUGACGGCGGACUCCACACCACAUACAUUGUGGAAGUAUGGGAGACAGGAAAUCUAAUAGCAAACGUGUCGUCAUCAGUUCCAGUUUGGAAAUUAGAUGAUCUUGGUUCAGGAAAAGCGUUAAAAUUGUACUUCUACGCACACAAUGCCAGGGGAAGAUCAGACAUCACCAAAUUAAGAGUGCAUACAUUGUCACGUUUAGCUUUACAUACUGAAGCGAAGACCACGGAAGUCCAAAUUGACAGGAAUUGGCUACUUGCGGCAAUCGCUGUGGCUGUUUGCGUGUUAGUCGCAACUAUAUCUUUGGCUCUUUGGGCAAGAAGAAGACAACACAGACCAAUGCAGUAUGAAGCGCCGAUACAGACGGUGAAAGCGUAUAAAGGCUCCUUGCAUAGCACACAUCAUUCACCGCUCCAGCCGGACGAUAAGAAUCCUGACGUUGUACCUCUCGGCAAAGAUUUUCACUGCACACACGACAUCGAGCGACCUCCCGAGCCGCCCCCAUACGGCGCGGUGGUUUCUCCGCCAGUGGGCGUCUCAAGGAGUGCUCACAGUCUCCAACAUGACGUGAGGUCGAAUACACCUCACACUCCGAACACACCGGCUUCUGAUGCUCAGAGCAUCGGAACGCUAGCAGAUGAUCGUCGCAGUGUUACAAGCGGUACACUUUCACGGCGGAGAGAAGUGGUCACAACGCGGACACCCUUACUAGCUAACGCACGGGAAAGCUGCGUCUAGAUUUACAUUAAUUUUCAGCCUUCAUAAAGAAUUUCCUUGAGAGUCAUCUAAGAUUUUGAAUCUAGAUAAUCUUUGUAGGGAUACUUGAAUGAGGCUCUUUGUAAAUAUGUACUUUGAAGGAACAUGUUUUUUUUUAUUGUAUACAGAAUGUUGUAAAUUAUUCUUACUAUUGUUACAAUAUUAAUUGACGUGUUAUAUUUAAAGUAAAUUCCCGUUGUAUCUGUUUGGCUGUUUAACCAUACACUAUUAGAUUUUUAAUUACUACAUAUUAUGUUUGAACGGUAAUUCAACAUUUUAUAAGAUUGAGAUGAGAUGUAUCUUUUGUUAAAGUAGAUAAGCGUAAGGCAGUGGCUAUGUACCAACCAUAGCCAAUCUAUAGAACAGACGUUCAAUUAUUCUGAUCAGUUUAGGAAAAAUAUAAAAUAAAAAUACUCUGUACACUUCUGUACAUAAACAACAUUAAAUUUCUAGAUGAAUAUUUAAAGUUUCUCCUAAAAUUUACAUCGAAUGUUAUAUUGAUGAAAGACUGUCUUAAAUUUCUUUUGGUGUAUAAAUAAUUUAAAAUAAACAUGUCAUGUAAAAUUAUCAAAUCUAGUUGUUAUAUUAAAUUAAAAAUUAUACGAAAUGAACAAUUUUAAAUUGUUAAUAACGACACCAGUUGGUCAUCCGGAAGACUAACUGUUGGAGCUAUAUGAAAUAAAGAACUUGGUUUUUAAAUUAUUAAUUUAGACUAUCAUUUUACGGACUAAAACAUACUAAACAAAAUUUUAUUGAUACAAUCAUCAAAAUAUUGGAUCUAUUUAUUUUUAUAAUCCUAAUUUCUUCAUGGAAAAGCGUUUGUAACAAUUUGGUUAUUUUAAAUUAAUACUCUUAUCAAAAAAUAAGCAUACUGAUAUGGAUUACGAGAAAAUUAAUAAAUUAUGUAAUAAUUAUUGUUGGAUUACAACGAGGACAAAUCUGUUUUAUCGACUGGAUGGUAGUGGAUUCUUCAAACACUAUCUAUCAUUACGUUAAAAUAAUUCGGGAAAUUUUAUUUGGAUCUUGAACGGAGAGUAUAACAUUUAUUUAUUAAUUAUAGUUGAACCCUGUACUAUAUGUAAAUUACAUAUUAAUUAAUUUAUUACUCUUAUUAUUGUCUAUUAACGUGUAAAUUAAUAUUCUUUUACGCUUUAAUCUUUCGUUUUUAAUGGCAUUAUAUUAUUUCCGUCACGACCACUAUAGUAUAAAGUAUCAUGAUAGUAGAAAAAGAGGAAUUAAACCGUCUAAGUUUUAUUUAUUUAUUGCUUAGAUGGGGGACGAGCCCACCUGGUGUUAAGUGGUUACCGGAGCCCAUAGACAUCUACAACGUAAAUGCCGCCACUCACCUUGAUAUAUGAGUUCUAAGAUCUCAGUAUACUUACAACGGCUGCCUCACCCUUCAAACCGAAACGCAUUACUGCUUCACAACAGAAAGAGGUGGGAUGCGAUGGUGGUGCCUACCCGUGCGGACUCACAGAACGUCCUACCACCAGUAAUUAGGCAAAUAUGCGAGUAAUAAUUAAGCGGGUUUGAUUUUUUAUUACACGGAUGUUACUCCUUCAGCGUGGAAGUCAAUCGUGAAUAAUUUUUUAAGUACGUAUUUCUUUACAAAAAUUGGUACCCGCCUGCGGGAUUCGAACAACGACACGGUCGCAUCGCUCGCGAAUGCACCGGACGUCUUAUCCUUUAGGCCACGGCGACUUCAAAUACUUUGUAAUAAGUUUGUUUGUAAAUAAGCACUUUGAAUUACGUCUAUGACUCGCAAAUAUCUAAGAUUAUAAUACUGUCACUGCGACCCGAUAGUGAGUACAUAAGACUAAAUGUGUUAAUGUACAAAGUUAUGUAUAUAAGGCACUUUCUAAAACUAUAUACUGUACUCGUAAGGAUCUUAUUUGUAACAACAAACAAUAUCCUAUGUAGUUUUUUUUUUGAGAUAUUGCAAAUUUCUAUUGUCUGUACAAAUAUUUGUUAUCAACUAUUAAUUGUUUUUAUAAAUCGUCGUUUGAAUUAGUUUUAUUGAGUGUCAUUUGUCAUGUGAAGUGAAGCUUAAUGGAGCAUUACGAUGUCUUGUCCUGUUGCUAACUGAACACAUUUUUUUUAAGCUAUUGCAUAGUUUUUAUCGCGGGCCUUGAACGCGGCAACCGAAUCAUGAAAUUCCGUAAUGAAAAAAACCUUACACCCCUCACUCCACCUACCAUGUAGCUCUCGCGUUUAACACAUUCACACGUUGCGCUUGUGUAGUGCUUGUGAAUAAGCGCGUGGCGUGACGUCACACUGCAUGCGCAUCAUGAAAAGUCUGCAUCUCUCUCUCGCGCGGUCUAGCUUAUGAGUGUGAAGGGGACAGUUAAGGUUUUGCUUUUAUUAAUGUUUAAUAUAGCCUGGUCUUGUUUUAUUAUUGUUUUAAUAUUAAAUUAUCAUUGUCUAAUUAUAAUUGCAUAAGUUAACAAAAAAUGCUAUGCAAUAGCUUUACCGCGGCAGUUCCCGAGUACCACACAUUUGUUUGUUUUUUUUUUGCUUAGAUGGGUGGACGAGCUGACAGCCCACCUGGUGUUAAGUGGUUAAUGGAGUCCACAGACAUCUACAACGUGAAUGCGCCACCCAUCUUGAGGUAUAAAUUCUAAGAUCUCAGUAUAGUUCGCACCUUUAAUAAUUUUAUUAUUGUUAUUAUAAUAACUUACUAUAAUAACUUAGCAAUAAUAAACUUGACAAAUACCCACAAAAAAGGAUUUAAAUUUGAUGAUAUUACUAAAAGGCGAUACUGUUACGCUUUGAUUUUCAAAUGCAAAUGCAUGUUUAAUAGCAAUGAAACACAGACAAUAAUUAUAAAAUUAUUCUGAACAUUUACAAUUUUGUAAAAAAAAAAACAACUGUAUGUUCUUAACUUAACUAUUAGUCAUUAAUUCAUUUGACGAAAACAAAAUUUUAUUUUGGAAUAAUUUCAAACACAAAUAUUUUUCUAAUGUCAUUACGUUUAUUUCAUUCAACAAAAAGGCUAUGUCAGGAAGUGAAAACUUCUAAACCAUGUUUAACUUUAAACCUUAUUUUUCAAAUAAUAAGUUAUAUAUUUAAAAAAAACCGUACUGUCGUAAACAUUUUAGUUUACUAAGCACUAGUCCUACCCUACUUUGGAAAAAAAAGAAUUAAUGACUAUCUAAUUUGAACUUUAUAAUAUUGUUACGAUGCCACAUUUUAAUUUAAAUUCUCUGUAUUUUUUCUUGUUUUAUUUAAACUAUAUAAAGCGGCUAAAGUCAACGAUUUGUGAGUAAAAAAAAAAAAACUAAUUUGGUUUGCUGAAACAAUUUGUUAUUUCAUUUCGAGACGUUACUAAGACUAAAUAACUUAUCAUAUUGUUGAGAAAAACAUUACUUGUCUUAUGAGUUUUAAUUUUAACGUAAAUCACUGUGAUGCUAUUUUAAAUAUAUUUUAAUGUUUAAGAUGUAAAUAAUAUUAAAAAAUAAUAACUCCCUACACUGAUAACGUUGUAUAUUUUUCUUUUGUAUAUUAAUGUUCAUAGAUAGAAAAUAAUGUGAAUAUAAAAUGACGUAGUAGGCAAAUUUUAUUUUUAAAUAAUAAUUAUUUACUAUUUGAUCUUUGUUAAUUUUAUAUUUUUUAUUUCGUAACUGUUAUUCAAUGAAUAUCAUUCAAUGUUUAGAUAAGUUUUACCGAAAAUGCUACACUAUGAAAUUUGUUCUAUUUUAUUCUACGUAGAAGAAUGUUAAUAUUAUUUGUAUCAUAGUAAAUAAAUGUUUGGAAACAACAACAAAAAAAAACAUAAUAAAUUUGUAAGUUUCUUUGUAUCAAGAAUAUAAUUUUAUUAAUUAAUCAGAAUUUAUUUUAGUCAUUUUUCCAAGACUUCUUCUACAUAUCCGUAUAUAUUAAGAUGGUAUGUGUAUACAUUUCUUCAAAUAAAUUUGCCCAUGAGCAAGUA